AUGAUUCUUAAAAGGAAUUGGGCUCUCAUCUUUGUAACAUCUUCUUCAAACCCUAUCAAACCACCAUCAUCUUCACUCUCAUCUACAUCGUUAACCACCGCUCACUCCGUUCUCACCCACCACGGCUUCCCAAUCGGUCUUCUCCCCACCGGUGUCUUCUCAUACAACCUCAACACCACCACCGGCGAGUUCUCCGUCGACCUAGGAACCCCCUGCCGUCUCAUCCUCCCCCCUGACAACUAUCUCGCCACCUAUUCGAAGAAAGUCACCGGCAAGAUCGUUGAGAAUCGGAUUGCUGAACUUAAGGGGAUUAGGGUUAGGGCUUUUUCCCAAUGGUGGGGGAUUACUGGAAUUAAAAUUAACGGUGAUGAUCUUGUGUUUGAAGUUGGGAUGGUGACUGCUAAGUAUCUGGUUAAGAAUUUUGAUGAGAGUCCUCAGUGUGAGGGUAAAAAGCACUCGUCUUCUUGAAAGCUAUAUGUGUGUUUAAUUUAUAUGAUGUUGAUAAUUUUAAUUUGAUAUGAGUUUGUGUAAAGAUAGUGUCUUUUUGGAAGGUGUAGAUGUGUUGAGUGACUUGAAUUUGUUUGAUAUGAUGCAGAUUAUAGUUUAUGUUAAUGUUUUUCAGUGUGUGCUUGUUGAUGAUUUGAAUUUGGUGUUAAUAAAGUAACACACUCACACCU